AUGGAUCGAUUCUGCUACCGGCUUACCCAACUUUUCGCGCCAUACAACCGCAAACCUCGAGACGCGAACUAUUGCAGGAGCAGAGCUCUACUACGAGGGCUUCUACGGCUCAAUUGUGGCCGCGGCGAGGCGCUUGGCGUGCCCUACAAGCGCCUCUAUUAUCGAGUCAAUGGGCAUCACUCAACGGCCGAGAAUGGGGCAACCGUGCCCUGCUUGAUUCCUCGGAUGAAGAGGAGGUAUUUUGCGGGCACAUCGCCGCAUCACACAGGGCACCACAUCCAGGGUCGUGCGCUCCAACAACACGCCAACGCCAUUCUCAAGGCAAAGGGCGUGGGAGCUACAGCAUCGCGAGCCUGGGCCAAGCGCUUUAUACAGCGGCAUAGAGAACUCUUCCACCGUCGAAGAGCAGCAGCGCGAGACAUCAAACGGAAGGCUAUGCAAGAUCGCAUCCACGUUGAGGCUUUUUUUCGCGGCUGGUCUCAAACGAUCGAGAAAGACGAGAUUCUCCCUAAGAACACCUGGAAUUUCGACGAGACAGGCUUCAUGGUGGGAUAUCUACAUAAAGGCACAUUUAUUUGGACCUUCCGCGAGAUUGAUACCCCUAUUUUAUCUGACGCUCACGAUACAGUGUCGGUCACAGCGAUUGAGGCUAUUUCUGCAGCUGGGAGUUGCAUUCCUUCGUUUGUGAUACUCCCUGGAGUCCAAAUUCCUGCCCGUUGGGUUACCAACAGCCUUGACGACGAUACCAUCAUUUCAACCAGCCAAAAGGGGUAUAUUAACGAUGUCAUCGCGAUUGAAUGGAUCAAACACUUCGAGAAACACACGAGACCGGUUGAUCCACUUCAGAAGCGGCUUCUACUUAUGGAUAGCUGUGAUAAUCACUAUACAGAAGAGAUGGUUCACUUCUGCUUCGAUCACAACAUUAAGGUCUUCCCAAUGCCUCCCCAUCUUACACAUCAGCUUCAACCUCUUGAUGUCGGCGUUUUUAGGUCAUACAAACACUGGCAUCAACAAGUUCUACAUCGUGAGAUUGCUGACGGGGCAUAUGACUUUAACAAGUCCGAUUUUCUAUAUCAUCUCCAAGAGCUUCAAGACACGCUCUCGUCGCUCACAGAAGAAGUGGCCAUUAAGGACCUGCCGGGCUCGAUCGAAAGCGAGCCUCAGGGCGGGCCUCAGGCAGCAAGACCAUCAACACCAUCGCCACACACGCCGCCUCGAUUCAACGAUUCAACUGGAACAAUGUUUCAACGCCGAGACUCAACCUCUCUACGAUUCAGAGAAGGCGCGGAAAGCCGACAAAACCCUCGCUCUCAACGGCAUCACCGCAACGGCCGAGAUGACGAAGAUAAAGAGAAACAAGCCAAGCGCUCCAGUCUCCAGCAACAGACAACUAUUGUAGCGAGAUACGGCCCAUUAAGCGACGGUGACGCUAGAAUUCGAGUCGCCCGAGACGAAUACAAUAGACAAGCGGCACAAGAAGAGGAGGCACAGAGAGUCAGGAAUAAGGAGGUUCGCGACGAAGCUGGCUAUAUACGCCGCUGGCUUCGCAAGGUACGCUUCAACGUCAGGAUUAGCAUCACAGAGGCGAAGAUUCGAGACAUCAGAGGUCUCUGGGCCAAGGGCGACAAGCGCGCACACCUCAAUUGCAAUGAGUGGAUGUGCGCAAGCUACAGGAUUCUCCGCGAGCUACACAACCGCGGCGUAGGGCAAAGCAAGGCGAUCAUGUGGCCGGAGUACUAUGAUCGCGAGAUUGUAAAGGAAGCAGCCGAAUUAGUGGUGAUGGAGGCAAAUAAGCGUGCUAUUUGCCGUCAGACGCUUUCCUUGGAAGCUGACGGCAUCGAGAUGCGAUAA